AGAGGCUCCGCCUGUGUGGUUCCCGCCAAUUCUUGCGGUAGCACUGCAGACGUUGAGUACUGCGUUCCAUGGAGACGUUUGACCCAGCCGAGCUGCCCGAGCUGCUUAAGCUUUAUUACCGGAGGCUUUUCCCCUACGCCCAGUACUAUCGUUGGCUCAACUAUGGCGGAGUAAUAAAGAAUUACUUUCAACACCGUGAAUUUUCAUUCACAUUGAAAGAUGAUAUUUACAUUCGCUACCAAUCCUUCAACAACCAGAGUGAUCUGGAAAAGGAGAUGCAGAAAAUGAAUCCAUACAAGAUUGAUAUAGGCGCGGUAUAUUCCCACAGACCCAAUCAACACAAUACAGUGAAACUGGGAGCUUUCCAGGCUCAGGAAAAAGAACUGGUGUUUGACAUUGACAUGACAGACUAUGAUGAUGUGAGGAGAUGUUGUAGUUCUGCAGACAUAUGUUCUAAGUGCUGGACCCUCAUGACAAUGGCCAUACGCAUAAUCGACCGAGCACUGAAAGAGGACUUUGGAUUUAAGCAUCGUCUCUGGGUAUAUUCUGGAAGGAGAGGUAUUCAUUGUUGGGUCUGUGAUGAAUCUGUUAGAAAAUUGUCCUCUGCAGUACGUUCUGGGAUAGUUGAGUAUUUGAGUCUUGUAAAGGGUGGUCAAGACGUUAAAAAGAAAGUCCACCUAAGUGAAAAAAUUCACCCUUUUGUCAGCAAGUCUAUAAACAUAAUAAAAAAAUACUUUGAAGAAUAUGCCUUAGUUGAUCAAGAUAUUCUUGAAAAUAAAGAAAGCUGGGAUAAGAUUUUAGCCCUCGUUCCUGAAACAAUUCAUGAGAAACUUCAGCAAAACUUCCAGAAGUGUCACAGUUCACUUCAGCGUUGGGAAUAUUUGAAGCAAGGCAUCAACUGUCAGGAUAAUACCAAAAAUGACAAAUGUGGACCCUGGCUUGAAUGGGAGAUCAUGCUCCAGUACUGUUUUCCACGGCUGGAUAUCAAUGUUAGCAAAGGAAUCAAUCAUUUACUGAAGAGCCCUUUUAGUGUUCAUCCUAAAACAGGUCGUAUUUCUGUGCCUAUUGAUUUACAGAAAGUGGACCAGUUUGAUCCAUUUACUGUUCCAACCAUAAGCUCCAUCUGCCAUGAAUUGGAUGCCAUUUCCAUUAAUGAUGAGGGAAGGGAGGGAAACGAAGCCGAAUCUGAUAUCAAACAUAGAACCAGAGAUUAUAAGAAGACCAGUCUAGCUCCUUAUAUAAAAGUUUUUGAACAGUUUCUUGAAAAGCUGGAUAAAUCCCGAAAAGGAGAACUUCUCAAGAAGAGUGAUUUACAGAAAGAUUUCUGAAGAUAACAACUCUUCCUCAAACCAAUGUAGAUAUAUCUUCUAGCUUCAAGAAUCAAAUACUUCAGGCGCCUGGGUGGCUCAGUAGGUUGGGUGUCUGCCUUCAGCUCGGGUCAUGAUCCCAGGGUCAUGACUCUGAGAUUAGAGUCCAGUUUCGGGCUCCCUGCUCAGUGGGGAGUCUUCUUCUCCCUCUGCCCUUACCCCUGCUCGUG